AUGCUUUUUUUUGCUACAGGUACAUCAAUUUUAAAAGAUAUACUUGAUACAAAACUACCUCAAGGUAUUAUAAUCGAUUAUCAACACGUGAGUUUGUUACGACAUACAAAAACACUUCUUUAUCAAGUCUACAAACAAUUUAAUCCUUCUCAACGUCAGUUAUUUGAUAUUAAACUGAAACAACAAUGUUUUCCACAUUUUUUUAACCGACGUAUGAAAACAUGUAAGGACUUAUCAUUCAUGAAAGCUGUUGAAUUACGCAAUGUAUUGAUAUAUGGUCUUUUACCAUUAUCUUAUGAAUUCAUAAAUCAUGAACAAUUAGCUCAUAUGUCUCUAUUUAUAUGUGCUAUUAGGCUCUACCACUCUCAACCACCAAUGUUCGGACAAACAACAGCAACAAUAGCAAAUCAACUAUUCAAACAGUACUAUAAAGAUCACAGAAAAUUUUAUCAUCUCAUACAAAAUUAUGUUCUACAUUUACAUGCUCAUUAUGAUGAUCAGUAUGUUAACUACGGAUCGUUAUCUAAUAUUGGGUGUUUCCCUCAAGAGGACCUAAUAGGUCACGUCAGUUCAAAUACAUACGGUACAAGAUAUUAUGGAGAUCAAAUGGCUCACUACUAUAAUAUAAAUUUUUCAUUACAUAAUCGAGUGCCACAUACAAAAUAUGAUAUACAUUCUAAACCAAUAGAUUUAAAUCCUGGUUUAAUCAUUGAUAAUUAUACAAUAAUCAUAGCACAUCAUAAUCGAAUAUGUAGUUGUUUGAAUAUUCCAAAAUGUAUAUCCAUUUAUCGUCGAUGCAUUAUACGAAGAAGUUACAGCCAAUGUAAUACAAUUUAUGAACAGAUGACAUCAGAUGAUGUCGAAGAUGAAAACGAUGAAGAGGAACAAAUAAAUGAAUCAGAAGAAGAUAUUUUAUCUACCGAUGAUAACAGUUACAGUCAAACACAAACACGUUCACCAUUAACACAGAAAAGAAAACGAUCUUCAUUAACGAUAGCUGAUGAUGACGAAGAAUCUAACAACGGUUUAUCUGUACCACAACAAAACUUAUCAACAAAACAAAGUCGUUAUAUGUUUUUAGCUCAUGUUUUGUACCAAACAAUCGAUCAAAUGCAGCAUACAGUUUUACAUGGCCUAGAAAAAAAACUAAAAGCUUUUAGUAAAAAGGUUGAUCGAUUGGUUCCAGCUUUAGGUGAUUAUAGUUUGGAUUCAUACAGAGAAAAGGAUGAGAUUUUUAAUGGUAAAGACUUGUUAACGAUUCGAGGACGUGACAUAUACGACUUCGGUCGACAAAUUCUAAGAGAAUUGUUUACACCACAAGAGUUAAACGAAUGUAUUUUACCACCUGGUAGAAAACAUUUAAGUCGGCCUCCAUUAGAUGUUGAUCGCUUUAACAUUUUUCAUGAAGCUGUUCGUAUUAAAUAUCGUUUAUCAGCAUUACAUUAUGAUUCCUGCUUUUCCAAACUUAUUAAACCAAGGAUGUCAGAUUUUCUCAUUGACGAGAGGAAAAGACAAGCUAAAGCUUUACUUCGACAAUCAACAGCUACAGAACCAACACCACAAGCUCUUUAA